AUGCAAGAUUAUGUAAGUGGGCAGGGCUUCUCUGAUGAAGAAAAUGUCGAUGUGGCUCAUCUAGCCUUAUUCUCUGAACAUGAUCCCUUGACAUAUGAGGAUGCAGUGAAGAGUAACAAAUGGAGACAAACCAUGGAUGCUGAAAUCGAAGCUAUUGUGAAAAAUGAUACAUGGGAACUCACCGAGCUGCCAUCUGGAGUAAAGACAAUUGGAGUAAAAUGGGUUUUUAAAACGAAACUCAAUGAACAUAGGGAAGUGGACAAAUACAAGGCUCGACUCGUUAUGAAAGGGUACAGUCAACAGUAUGGAGUGGAUUAUGCUGAGGUGUUUGCACCAGUAGCUCGUUUGGAUACCAUUCGAGUGGUUAUCUCACUUGCUGCCCAGAAAAGCUAG